GAUCAUGUUGGGAGCCCAUUGCUAAACUUGCUCUUACUUUAUUGAUUUAGCAAAUCUGUAUUAAUCUAGAGAUUUUCCUAGAAAUGAUGAUUGUAUCGUAACGUACGGUCCAACGAUUGAACAAGAAGCCGUACUAUGAUGCUACUUUCCAACACAACGCCGCUCUAGAGCAGCGGAUGUUCACAAUUUGUUCAAGUGAUACUAGUACCUCCCCAAUCUGAGCAGGUGAGGACAUCGGAGGGGUGGUAGGGUAAGAUAUAACACAAUACAAAACAAGAUUGUCAGUGCGUUGUCUCUCUUUGUCCUACGACACACAUGAUCAAUAUGUUUCACCGGGCCACGUCCAUGUUGGCGAGGCGUCCUACCUUGGCCGAGAGGCGUCACGCGCGGAUCAUCUCGAAGCUGCCGCAAGAUAUUGUCUUAUAAAACGGAUGAAGUAGCAGUAUGUCGCCAUUAUUACCCAAAUCUUCAACAGCUGCGGCAGUAAAGAUAUUGCUACCGUGCUGUACCGCUUCUCGCUUUAGUUUGUCGUUGACGCCCAUCCCCAAAGGACCGAAAUCGAAAUGAAGUUCUACACGACCUGGAUCACCGUGGUGGCCAUUCUGGCGAUCGCUCUGCCGGAGGCUUCAGCCCAAAUCGAAAAUACAAUCAUCAGCAGACGCAGCGGAAUCAGCUCCACGCUGAGCUCCUUCAAUAACAACAUUAGGAACAAAAUCAACGAAUAUAAUUCAAAGAUCAUCAGUCUUAAGAAUGACAUGUCAUCCCAGCUUUCGUCCGCAAUGCAAACAAUCACACCCUUCAUAGUGGAUGCGGAUAUUGGAACUAAUGCGGUGGCAGCGUCCGAUGUCCUCAGCGCUGCCAUCACGGUUCUCUCCUCGGUUCAAAGCGCUUUCAUUUCAGGAACAUCCUCCGUGUUCACAUCAGUUAACACCUGCUUGUCCAACAAGACCACCGUCGCUAUUAACGCAACGUUCGUUUCGCUCGCAUCAUCCAACUCCCAAAUGAGCGUAACACUCAGUACCAGCGGCUCCACGUAUGCUAGUACUUGUCGCGGCAAAUACAGUAACAUUCCCAACGAUUUGGUAAACCAAGUAGCGGACAGAGUCCAGGAGUGUUUGAACAACGAAAACAACCAACAGAGUCGCAUUAACUCCAUCCUGAACAACUACCUGACGAUGGUACGCCAAAACUAUCAAGGCUUGACCAACCACGUGCGCUACUGCUCCAGUCUGGGAUCGGUUGGCUCCCGUAUCGAGGUUAAGAAACAGAUAUCAGCCUGCUUCAAGGGAAUCAGUAUCUACGUCGCACCCAUCUACAAGGCCACCCUCGAGCAACAGAUCACCUUCGUCUCGGUCAUGCUGCAGCUAGAGGCAGUUGCUUCCAACAAUCGCGUUAAGGAAUGUAUCAACCAGGUCACCGAGACUUAUAACGCCAUGUCGGCAGCCUUCGCUCCAACUAUCGACGCUUGUCUACUUAAUGGUCAAUAGGAGCUUUUCAGUUCAUUUAUUGUGAGCAAAUAAAUGCAAUACUAUCGCCACUGGCACUAACCAUAAA